AUGCAAGGGAACUUGCGCCUAGUGGUUACCCUAGCGGUAAUCAUUCUGGUGUCUUCGGUAUCUGGGAAGGCGUUGAUACCACAAGAACAACAACCACAACAGGAGCUUAAGCAAAACCUUAAGAAUGUCGCGCAAAAUCGAGCUGGUUACGAUUAUCCAGCACCUAGUGAUGAUGUAGAGGCACACGGGGAUCUGCAUCACCCCGAGCCCAGUGAUCACGAACAUCACAUUGAGGAACAUAUUCCAGAUGAACAUCACGACCACCACGACCACCACGAUCCGGGUUACUGGAAAAAGAAACUAAUCUGGAAAGAGGGUGUUAAAAAGAUUUGGAAAAACUCUAAGAAGCUCGCUUACAAACCAGGAUGGAAGAAAAUUUAUAAGCCAGUUUGGCAUGAUAUUAAGGUUCCAGUUUGGCAGGAAACAAAGGUGGUCGAUUACAAGAAAAUUUAUAAACCAGAAUGGAAGCCUAUUAAAGUCAAAGCGUUGAAGGAGAUAAAAAUCCCUGAUUACAAGAAAGUGACGGUACCAGUUUGGAAGGAUAUUGUUGUGCCAGGGUGGAAGGAUAUCCAGGUUCCCGCUUACAAAAAGCUUUGGAAGCCCAAAUGGAUCAAGGUGGGUGUACCUGGCGAAAAAUACUUAGGCAAAGACCACGAUGGCUGGGAGUACACUUCACAUGACCUUUGGAAGAAGCGGCUGGUCUGGGAACCUUAUUGGCAGAAGUACUUUAAACCAGCCAAAACCAAAAUUUGGAUUCCAGACAAAAAACUUGUAUGGACAGAUAAUUGGGUCAAAAUCUGGCGCCCUGGUACCAAAGAGAUCUGGAUUGACGACAAGCAACUUGUAUGGAAAGAAGCUUGGCAAAAGUACUGGAAACCAUCGAAAAAGCUGGUCCACGUAUGGGACAAAAAGUUGGAGUGGCAGGAGUCAUUCAAGCAGAUAUGGAUACCUUACUGGAAGGAUAUCGUUGUUCCCGGAAUCAAAAAAAUUUGGAAGCCCGUCUGGAUUUCAGAGUGGUUCCCUUCGCCCGAUCACCACGACCAUCAUCAUGACCACGAAUCUCACGGUUGGGAUCGAAAGGAUGUCUCAUCCGGAACCGAAGAAACUGGUACACCAGUUUCUACAACGCCAUCACCUAUUUCAAAUUUGUGGAAAUUUCCAAAAUAA